AUGGCUGUGGGAAUUCAUGGCGGACUGGAGGACAGCGUCGCAGCAGCGGCUGCGCGCCUGGGUGCAGCAGUGCUGCACGCGUCAUGCGCGCUGCUGUCGGAGCCUCUGUACGUCUCCGCCAACGGCGUUUUUGCCUGCCUCUUGGGAGGCGAGGAGGCCGCCAAUUUGCUGGUGAUGUGCCACUGUGCCACCUGCCGCAGCACGCGGCCGCUGGUGUGGGCCACAUCGGCGGACGGCGCCCCCCAGCCCGGCAGCAGCUCCAUCCAUAGCCUUGCUGGCUGGGCGGUGCAUGUGGGGCUCGCGGCGCCGGACGAGGCGGCGGACAUGGGCCUGCUCGCAGAAGCUGCUCCGCAGCUGCUUCAUCGCAUCAUGGCCGGCGAGGACGAGGAUGCGGACCUGCACAAAAGCUCGCUGGCGGAGGCGCUGAUGCUCCGCGCGGCGCGCCUGGGCGGCGGCCCCGCGCUGGCCGGCCGCCGCUGCUUUGUGCUCGACGUGUCGGAGGCGGCCGCUGCGGCAGAGUUUGUGCCAGCAGCCGCGGUCGCUGCACAGGGCCAGCAGCGGCAGGGCCAUGAAGAUGGCGUGGCUGGGCUCGACAUGGAGGCAGGGGUGGCCGCGGGAGGCCUGCAGCUGCCGGUUUCCGCCUGGGUUGAGGCGCGAGCCGAGGCUUGGGACGAGGGGCAGCAGCUGCUGCUGCUCUCCAUUGAGGGCCAUAUAGUGGGGGUUUACCUUGGAGCCUGCUGGCUUCACUGGGGCGACCACCCGCCCGCUCCCGGAGAGCUGCCCGUGCCAUCUCCAGCGAUCGCGCCGCUUCCGCAAAGCCUUCUCUCGCACUGGGCAGCCGAUGCCGCGCCGCGCGCUGCGUCGCCGCCGCUUGCGAGAGCGCCGCCGCCGCAACAGCGGCGGCGCUCUCACAAGCGGCGUCGCAGGGGGGAUGCUGGUGACUCAUCUGAUGAGGAGUGGGUGCCCGACGAGCCGCCGCCAGCGCCGGUCGCAGCGGCGGCGGCGGCGCCGCCGCCGCCGCCGGCGCCCGCGCUGACUCCAGCAGACGUCGCGGCCCUGCUGGCCGGCGCACAGCCUGGCGCAGGGGUGGGGACGCCAGCAGCCGGCGGCGGCCCGGUCGGUGUUGUGGAGGGCGGUGAGGUCGAGGUGCUCUUCACUUACCUGCUGAAGGACCCGCGCCCUAUCAAGGGCUGCCACACCACCUCCAUCCGCCUGCCCCGCGAGCGCUUCCUCGACCGCGCCUUUGCCGCCGACGGGCUGCCCGCCGGCCGCAUGCCGGUCUGGCUGCAGCUGGACGGCCGCCUGCGUGGCGCCGGCAUUGGUGGGGCCGCCGGCGGCGAUGGCGGUGGCAGGGACGCGGGGUCAUCCGUGGAGGUCCGGUCCGUCAUCGACCCCCGGACCGGCAAGGGCUGCGGCGAGGCGCACGGGAAGAUGAAGAGGCUGCUGGGGGAUCUGAUCUGGAAGGCCGUGAUCCUGGGCUUCGGGCGCGCGCGCGGCGCGCGCGAUGGGCGGGAGGGGCUGCUGCUGAUUGCUGAGCGGAGGGAGGGGCUGGAGGCGCUGGCUGCUGCAGAGGCGGCGCGGCGCCAGGCCAAGCCGGGCAAGGCCGAGGGCACGCCAGCAGACGGCGGCGGGGCGGCGGCCAGUGCGCGGGCGGCUAGUCGCCCGCAGUCGGGGGCGCUCAAGCGGCGGCAGUCCGGGGCAUCAGAGCUGGGGAUGGAUGGCGAGGGGCGGCCGUCCAAAGCUCAGAGACGCGCGGAGCGCAUUCCUGUGUCAGUUGAUAGAGACUCGUUUUGGUACAGCCAGGGCAAGCUCGUCACCGCCCUGGUGGUGCACAGCGGCCUGCACCUGCCGCGCAGCUGGGUCAAAUCAGCCGGUCUCGCGCCGCCGUCCAGGGAGGCCAAGUCCAGGCAGCUGUCAGUGAGGCUGCUCGAGCCUGCAGGCUCUGGCGGCGAGACCCUCGAAGGCGACACGGCAGGGGCGGCGCAGGGGGGGCAGCUCGCAACUGGCGGCUGCAGGGCCCCGCCCGUGGUGGAUGGCAGCGCCGAGGCAGUGAGCGGUGGAGCGGCGGCGGUGGAGUUAGGCGCGGCAGCUGAUGCUCACGACACCACUGGGCAUUUGGAGAUCGCCCAUGACGCGGGCGCCGCGCCCGGUGCUGACUUGGCUGCCGCUGCGCCGGCGGCCGGCGGGCCGGCAACGCUGCAGGCGACGGCGGCGGGCAGCGGCUGCGGAGGCCAUGGCAUGGAUAUUGGCCUGGCACAUGAGGGGUCCAGCAGCCAGGGGCAGGGAGCCGCGGCUGAAGGUGGCAGGGACGCCAGAGGUGGUGCUGGUGCUGGCGGCGAUGGUGGCAAUGGUGGUGGGGCUGGCAGUGGCGUUGUGGUGGACAGGGAGGAGGAUGCCGCCAUGGAGGACGCACCCUUGUCACAAGCCGGCGAAGGCUGCAGCGCCCCCUCGCCUGCGCCUCCUGCCGCGCGCUCUGGCAGCGGCAACGGCGGCGGCACCACACCUGUGCCAGCGCCGGCGCAGGCAGCGGCUGGCGGCAGCCCUCCGGCCGUCCCUUCCUCGCUCCCAUCGACACCGGCGGCGCCUUCAGCGGGCAUGGCGCGCCCGAGAGGGCCGUGGCAGGUGGUGGCAAGCAGUGAGGUGAAGCUGACCCAGGGCAUGCACACCAAGCACACGAGCCAGCUGCAGUACAAGCUGCAGCACAAGGCCUUCCAGGAGCUCUUCAGGGACCACGUGGGGUGGUACAUUUUGGGGGCAACCAAGUCGGGCGAUGGCGCCAUUGACGUGUUCAUUCGGCGCCCCACGCAUGAGGAGGUGCUGGCGCAGGCUGCGGCCGCGGAGGCGGCAGCGGCAGCCCAUGCGGCGGCAGAGGCGGCAGCCGCAGAGGCGGCAGCGGCGGAGACGGCAGCGGCGCUCGCGGCAGCAACACCAGUGGACGAGGCUGGUUCCAAUGCAGCAGGCGGCACUGGCAUUGGCGGGGGCGCAGGCCAGCAGCUGAGCGAGCGGGCGAAGACUGCAGCGCCCACAACAGGGGAGGUCCAGCAACCACCUCUGGGAGGUCAUCCAGCUGUGGCGGAUCCAGCUGGUGCUGGUAUGGUCAAUUUGCAGCAGCAGGGGCAGCAGCCGCCGCAGCAGCAGGAGCAGGAGCAAGAACAGCGUGAACAGGAGCAGCAGCAGCAGCAGCAGCAGCAGCAGCAGCAGCAGCAGCAGCAGCAGCUGCAGGAGGAGGAAGAGCAGCAGCAGCAGCAGCAGCAGCGGCCGCAGCAACAGCAGCAGCAGCAACAGCAGCGGCAGCAGCAACAGCAGCAGCAGCAGCAGUCGCAUCCGCACCCACUCUUCAUCACGCCGCCGCCUCCGGCGCAAGUGGCACCCAUGGUCGGCGCUCCGCCCCCCGCAGUGCCGUCCACCAGCGGCACGAUGGUCGGUGGCGCCACCACCGCUGCUGACGCCCUGGAGGAUGGCGGACAAGUGUCAGCCGCGCUGCGCGCCCUGCAGCUGCCAGAAGCGUCCGCAGGCCCCGGCGAUGCUGAUGCGCUGCGUGCGGCGGCGCUUGUCGCGGACAAGGGGGUGGCUCUGGCAGCGGCAGCGCUGGGCUUGGACCGGCAGGCACAACGGGUCGUGCUCAAGGCAUUCGCCCUGGCGGCGCGCGACCCAGACCGCCGCUGGAGCCUGGUGGCAUUCGACUACCGGGACCUGCGGCAGGCGUGCGCGGAGGGCGAUGCAGAGUGGGCGCGGGACAUACUGGCCGGACUCUGA